UGUGUAUUCUGAGCUUCACAAAAAACUGGGUAUGUGUAUUUCUGCUUUUUUUUGUAGACUCUUCAAGCUAUUUUUAUACGCCUCAUAUUAAAAUUAUAUUAAACACUUUUUUGUUCAGCUCCUAUUCCAUGCCCAUCACUGUAUUGUAGGCACUUGAGCUAUAAUGAGCAACAAAACAGAUGUUGCUACCUUCAUGGGGCGUACAGUCUAGUCUGGAAGACAAAAUUGUAUGUAAUAGAUACACUGUGAAAGUGUGGUAUAAUUGUCUGAUCUGAGAGUUAAAGGAAGGUGUCCCAGAGGAAGUGGUGUUUGCAGUGAAACAUUAAAGACUACAUUUGAAUUAACUAAAUGAGUGUCAUGGCUUAACAAGCAGCAGGUACAGCUAUCCUGAGGCAAUAGGGAGCAGCAGGUAAAAGUGGGACUUGGGGGAUGGAUGGAGUGGGGGGAGGUGGAGCCAGUUUAGCUAAUCCUAGACAAUAUAGAAAAGAAGUAAGAUUGGAUAGGUAAAGGGAGACCAGAUUUUAAAGACCCUUUAGGAAUUUAUCUUAAGGGCAGUGUGAAACCACUGAGGUAUUUUAAACAGGGGAAGGAUAUCAUCUGGUUUGCAUUUUGGGAAGAAUAUUUUAUUUUCUGCGUAGUGGAUUGAAGAAAGGCCACAGACAACAAGACCACAUUGGAAGCCACUGCAGUAGUUCGCACAAGAUGAUGCCAACUUGCUUAGGGUAGUGGUGGUACAGAUGGAGAAAAGUUAACAGAUGAGAGGAGUAGUUGAAGAAACAGAUAAAUUCCAAAUUCAUCACUUUUUGUACCUUUAAAAAUAUAUUUAAAAAACUUUUAUUUCAUCCUAUAUUUGUUUACUUUUUAGGAUGUCGUAUUGGUUGCGUAGUUCUAUUUGUUGAUCACCGCCAUUCGUUUACUGUAUUUACCACUGAUGGCCAGUAUCCCCUCUCUUGCUAUGUUGUUUAGGUCCUAUUGAGUAGCUGCUCAGAUUGCUUAGAUGUUUAAUAAUGAAAUAUUGAUACGUAUAAAAGAAUGUGUAAAACACAUCUGCAGUAUAAAUACAAAUUCAAACACCCGUAAUGUAUCAUCUCGAAGUUACAGUUUUAGCCGUUAGAAGUAAUUCUGAAAUAAUCCCAACAAUGAUCCCUCUUAGAAAUUUCCUGACUAGCAUUCAUCAGUUGAAAAGAGAGGGAGGUGGUUGAUAACAAUUGUAAUAAGGGUGGCAAAAAUAAAACAUCUAAUGACACCUAAAAUGAAGAGAAUUAUGCCUGAUACAAAAGCAAAGAAUGCUUGAUGUAAUGAUCUGUGUAAAUAUGAUAGUAAUGCUCUUCUGUUAUUAGAGUUUCACAUUAUAAAUUAGUCCUUAUUAUAAUCAGAUCAGAAAAAAGAAUGGAAAGGAAGAAAAGGGACUCAGUUUCUAAAAAGGAGAAAAUCUAGCAGCUUCUUGGAAGUUGGUGGAAGGAAAGAUGGAAGCCUUGUGGAUCAGUGGCACUGCUUUGUGAACCCUCCCUCUCCUAUUACCAUCUGCCUAGGGAAGCAAGAACAAUAUGGAUUGUAUUCUGAGUGUUCUUAGACCCAACUCCCUGCCAGUGGUGGUUUUUUGAAAAUAAAUGUGUCAACUAAAGCAAUCUAGUAUUUGAAUUUUACUAAAUGAGGUUUUUUUUUUAAUGCCAUUUCCCUGAUUUUAGGUGUAUUACAACUCAAAACUUUUAACAAAAUAUGUGAAGUUGGUACUUGUAAAAUGAUGUGUUUAGAUUUUGGCGACUUGAGGUAGCUUUAAUAAAUUGAUAGCAUUUUGUUUUUCAAUGGUUUUGUAGUAAAGCUUAGUAUUUAACUCUCCUUCAUAGGGAAUGAGGGGCCUGUCUACAUUCAUGAAUAUUUAUCUAGUGUGAUUUUUAUUUUGAAUAUGUAUUAUUAUUGUAAAAGAGAAUGUUAGUUAAAUCCAAUCUUGUUGGACUGUCAUGCUUUUAGAAAUCCCUAAAAGUCAAAAUGCUUUUAGGGCUUUCUAGCCUUUUUAUAUGAAAUAUAAAUAUUUACUUUAAAUGUCAACAUGGUACAUGCUCUAAGAUUGUUAUUCUUAUUUUAUAAAUUCUUCUGCUAAUGAAAAAUGUGCUUCCCAUCUGUAUUUCACCUAAAUCUCUGAAGAUUUGAACAAUAACGUGGUUUUCAUGAAAGACAGUUCACCAUGGAGGAAAGAAGAGGUUUUCUAUUUUUUUUAGAAAUCCUUAUUUGAAAUCCAAAAUAAUUAUUUUGGCAUUUCCUGACUGGCAGCCAUCAGUGGAAAGGAGAGGGAAGGAAGAAGGGGGCUCAUCAGUGUGGGUGUUAAGAGUGACAGUUCUGACCCGUUUUAAUCCUAGUUUCAUGAGUCUGUAAUAGUAGGUCAAUUUUGUUUACCUUCUUUAGUACCCACUUCUUCCUUUGGAAACAGUCAUGAUGGAUACCUACUUCAUAGAGAUUUAAGGUAUUAAAGAGAGAAAAAAGCACAUAGCAUAAUGCUUGGUGCAUGGAAUGUGCUCAGUAAAUGUUAAUUAUCUUCUAUUUUCACCUUAAUUUUCCUGAUAUAAUUCUGAAAAUAUUUGUAAAGUAGUUCUAAGUUACUUUUAACAAAAGUGUUAUUACUGUAAGAAAUAUUCUUAAAAUAGUGAAUAUUUGCCUACAGUAAGUUAAAAUAAGUGGAAAUGUUUUUAACUUUCAUCAAAUAAAUGAGCUUAAUUUGCUUUUUUCUAACUUGGGUAUGGGUAGCCCAGGUACUGAACUACAAAGUUUUUUGUCUCUUUUUCAUGUUAGACCAAAGAGUGGACUAAAAAAUUACUCUGUUUAUUUCUAAAGCCUACUUUUCUGGGGUUGUAUUUGACCUUAAUAUUUCCCCAAAUAAAUUUGAGUAGAGAGGUGUUAGUUCCAAUGCUUGCUUUGUACAGUUAAAUACAUCAAAUUCAGCAAUUUAGUGUGGGUGUGGCAAAGUUUGAAGAGAUUAUGACAUGACUUAACUUCUAAUCAGAACUGUAACUGUUUUUUGAAAGAGUAAAAAUUGUAGCUAAAUCAUUUGAGUUCAUGAAGGCUUAGCUGAUUUUUAAUAAUUAAUAAGUUUUUCUGCCAAUGAGCAUUAGAUUACUGCUGACUUUUUAGUGUCAUAAUGCCUUGUGGUAGUUUCUCUAUAGGGCUUAAAGGUAUAUCCCAGUUGCUUUGUCUGUCCUGUCCAUGGGAAAUGAUCUUUACAAAUGCUAUAAGGAGAAUACCUCUAGAAAUUUAUACAUGCCAUUAAUAUGUUAUAAGAAUCGGCCAGUUCCAUUGUCCUCUUUUGUCAAUCUUGAUCGGAGCUUGCCGUGUAAGUCUAUAAGCCUGCAUGUGCCUGGCAACUGUUACCUAGUGACAGUUUCAGCUGCAGUAGCCAUUGGCUGUGCUGUUGAUUGGGGCAGGAGGACCGAGUCACCUUUCUGAUGGUGAGUUCUUCUGCAUCAGCUCAGGAUGAGGAGGAGGAGCAGGGCUUCGGCUCAGGUGGAGACAGUGAUACUGUGAGAUUGUGAAGAAUUAUACUGACAACAUCCUGGUAACUGCAUCUCAGUAAAUCGGACUUAUGAAUCAAGCAGCCCAGCCUACCAGCUGAUAAGAGUGGAUGUAGGUGAGAAGCACUGCCUUAUUCCUGUAACGAGAAAACUGUUUUGUGAUAAGUGAAACUAGGAAUGUACAAGGAGGAAUAUCUUGUGGCUAUUACAAAAAAAGGACUUGCCUGAAUGACUUGAUGGUGCAUGAGAAAAUAACUUUCAGAAGAAUGCUUUCUAUUAAGCUGCUGCAUUGUUCCUGAAGGAAAUGUUUUAUUUCUAAAGCACGUAAUUUCUUCAGAAGGUAUGCAACAAAGACUGACAAGAGACUCUCUGAAAUACCUGUACUUCAAAACAGACUUUUGACAAAUGUUAACCUGCUACCAGAAUGACCUUGGAAGCCUUUUGGAUGGAUUUUAUCCUGCCAGCCUUUCAGUAUUUCAAACUCUAGGAUUUAAACUCAUCUUGAUGCUUUAGAGGUAUUUUAAAACAAGACCGUCUUAUAACCUACCUAAUGGCCCCUGCAUUAAUUGAGCACUUGCUCAAAAUAGAAUGCAGAAAUAGAAGAGUCAUUUUCUUAACAUAUGGCUGCUGUAUAACGGCAAAUAUAACAAACAAGGUAAUUUUCCACUUUUGGAAGAUUUAGUUAAAGUAAUGAUUUAAUGUGUUAAUCACCUAAUGAAAAAGAUACAGAAACGUAGACUGUGAAGCUUACUAGAAAUACUUAAGUAAUAAAUAAUGGCAGCAUUUCUAGUCACAUAAGCUCAGAGUAUAUAGGGAAGUUUCUUUUAUCUCAAUUUCAUAUAUAUUUACAUCCAUAUCUAUAUAUGAAUACUAGAUAUAGGUGUGAUUGCACAGGUGAGAAAUAAUUUUAAGCUAUAUAUUUUGUGAUCAUGCUUCAUUAUAUAAGGAAGGUGGCAUAUCAGAUAAAGUUAUUUUCAGUUAUUGAUGUCAAAAUUAGUUGCAAAAGUGAUUUAUUUUGCUUUUGAAAAGGAAGAAGUACGUAUUACAUUGCUGGUGGUUGCACCAGUAACUGAACUGUAAUGGACUAAAACUGUUUUCAUUGGAAUGCUUAAAAAAUGCAUGCAGAAUUAAAAAUUCAGAAGUUUAUCAUAUUUUUUUAGGUGUUAAUAUAUUUCAUAUUAUCUUCCCUACUGGAAAUAUGCUUUUUGUCUCAUGAGAGUUCUAGGGCAGUCUGGAGUCUGUUACCUUUGUUCUGUUCCUUUGUGCUGAAAUAAAGAUGAGUCUUUUGGAAUUAACCUUACUGGGGGCUUGUCUUAGCAUUUUAAAGAAAUGAGAGAGUAAUGGAUCAUAAAGUUGACCCACCAGCAUCAAACUCUGAACUGAUCCCAAAGACACUCUUUGCCACUAUGAACUUUUUCUUAGCUUUUCAACCAAAUCUGAGAUCUUAAUUCAAGUUCUAAAAUAUGAGUCCACCUCUCAUGAUAGUUGAAACAGGAAACUGAGACAAUUAAAGACUUUUUCUUUUCUCAUUUUUUCUGGUUGAUCCCUAAUAAACUACUUUUCUGAGAACAAACAGCUUACAAAAGCUUUUCUUCCCUUGGCAAUUGAUUUCUUUUUCUUUUUACAGAUUUAAUUUUUCAUAGUGCAAGAUAGUAAGAAAUCCAUAUUCUCUAGAAUUGCCUUGUGUCCUUUGUGUCUGCAAAAAGUUGUGCGGGAGCCCUGGAAGAAGCUAAUCAGUGACCUUCUUUCACCUUCCGUCUAGCUUAUGCCCCACCCUCCCCGCCCAAAGCUGAGGUGUGUCACCGCUGCGCUGAGGCUGAUGAAGAGGCUUCAGUGCUCUCUGGGAUGCUCAGCCCCGACAGAAGCUCUGCUGCUGUCCACCGAAACUGAUGCUGAGACAUUCAUGGGCAGAGUUUAACAGAUGCUGGGCAGGGCAACUGCCUGCUCUAGCCAGGGCUGCAGGUCCCUUAACUACAAGCCAUGAAUGAAUCCAGGUGGACUGAAUGGAGCAUCUUGAACAUGAGCAGUGGCGUUGUGAAUGUGUCUGAACGUCACUCCUGCCCGCUUGGCUUUGGCCACUACAGUGCAGUGGAUGUCUGCAUCUUUGAGACAGUUGUUAUUGUCUUGCUGACGUUUCUCAUCAUUGCUGGGAAUUUAACAGUCAUCUUUGUCUUUCACUGUGCUCCACUUUUACACCAUUAUACUACCAGCUAUUUCAUUCAGACGAUGGCAUAUGCUGAUCUUUUUGUUGGAGUAAGCUGCUUGGUUCCUACUCUCUCACUUCUCCACUACUCCACAGGUGUCCUCGAGUCACUGACUUGCCAGGUUUUUGGAUAUAUCAUCUCCGUCCUAAAAAGUGUUUCCAUGGCAUGUCUGGCUUGUAUAAGUGUGGAUCGUUAUCUUGCAAUAACCAAGCCUCUUUCCUACAAUCAACUGGUCACCCCUUGCCGCCUGAGAAUCUGCAUUAUUUUAAUCUGGAUCUACUCUUGCCUAAUUUUCUUGCCUUCCUUUUUUGGUUGGGGGAAACCUGGCUACCACGGUGACAUUUUUGAAUGGUGUGCCACCUCCUGGCUCACCAGUGCUUACUUUACUGGCUUUAUUGUUUGUUUGCUGUAUGCGCCUGCUGCCUUUGUUGUCUGCUUCACUUACUUCCACAUUUUCAAAAUUUGCCGUCAGCACACCAAAGAGAUAAAUGAGCGGAGGGCCCGGUUCCCUAGCCACGAGGUGGAUGCCUCUGGAGAGACUGGACACAGCCCUGACCGUCGCUAUGCCAUGGUUCUGUUUCGGAUAACCAGUGUGUUUUACAUGCUGUGGCUCCCCUAUAUCAUUUACUUUCUUCUAGAAAGCUCCCGGGUUUUGGACAAUCCAACACUGUCCUUCCUGACAACCUGGCUUGCUAUAAGUAACAGUUUUUGUAACUGUGUAAUAUACAGCCUUUCCAACAGUGUUUUCCGGCUGGGCCUCCGAAGACUGUCUGAGACAAUGUGCAUAUCUUGUAUGUGUGUGAAGGGUCAGGAAGCACGAGACCCCAAACCUAGGAAACGGGCUAACUCUUGCUCCAUUUGAAGAGAACUACACAGUAAAUCAAAUGUAAUCUGAUGGUGGUUUUGGAUGUACUCUUGAUUCGUCUGGAAAUUUGCCACUAGAGAAAUAUUUAUUUGAAUAGUUGACUGUGAGAUGAAGGGACUAAAAGUUUCUUUUUCUCUCUCCUUUUGUCAUGGGAAAAAAUCUAAAGAAAAGGAUGUAUAGAGGAUAAUCUCCUGAGAUAAUUAUUGUGUGAGUAUACAUGUGGAGUAGCAAGAAAUUAAGCACUGAGGAGGAAAAAAGUAUCUCAGAUCUUCCACAGGACAUGAGCACAGCCCCU